AUGCAGAGCUGUGCAGGAGGGAGCAGAGCUCCCCUGGGCUUGCUCCUGAUCUGUCUGUGUCUGCCAGGCCUCUUUGCACGGAGCACUGGGGCACCAGAGGAGAAAGUCUCCCCACGUUCGAGACAACCUUCCUUCACCAGCCUCCUUAGCUCUGGACAGCCUCAACCCAAGCCAGACCCUGUGAAUAAUGAGUUACUAGGGGUCCUUCCGAGGAUCAGCGAAUCUUCACAAGAUGGCGCUCUACCUGAGGGGCCCAGCGGGUCUCCCUUCUGGGGGGCGCCCCCCAUGGAGUCCUGGCCCUCAGAAGACCCUCAGCAAGGGAUGGCUGCUGCUGCUGCUGCUGUUGCUGAGGACCAGUUAGAGCAAGUGCUGCCAGAAGCUCUGCCAUACCUUUCCAGAGGAGAUUCUCUGCCUGAGGCUUUCUCUGCACCCGCUGAGGCAGAAGCCUUAGUCAGGAGCCCAUUCUGGUUUCUCGUCCCCAAGCUUCUGCCUGGUUUAUCUGGGAGGAUCCUAAGGCCUGGAACAUCCUGGGGAAGUGGAGGGGCUGGAACUGGGUGGGGAAUAAGGCCCAUGCCAUAUCCUUCUGGAAUAUGGGGUAGCAACAGUUUAGUAUCAGGUACUGGCUUGAUGGGUAAGGUUCGGUACCCAGUAGGGAGCUGGGGGGGAAAUGUUCGGUACCCAGUAGGGAGCUGGGGAGGAAAUGUUCGGUACCCAGUAGGGAGCUGGGGGGGAAAUAGUUGGUACCCAAUAGGGAGCUGGGGAGGUAAUGGUUGGUAUCCAGGAGGGAGCUGGGGGGGAAAUGUUCGGUACCCAGUAGGGAGCUGGGGGGGAAAUGCUCGGUACCCAGUAGGGAGCUGGGGGGGAAAGGUUCGGUACCCAGUAGGGAACUGGGGAGCUAAUGGUCAGAAUAGGCUUCCCCCGGGAGUCAGACCUCCUGGCUCUGGCUCUUCUGGAAGCAUCCCCUAA